UAGAAGCCUCGUUAAAAAUCUUAGCCUUAGGUUUUGUUUUACACAGGGGAUCGUACCUUAGGAACGUUUGGAACAUCAUGGAUUUUUUCGUUGUAGUAACUGGGUCGAUGACGAUAUUCGCCGAAUACAACGUGGACGUUGACCUGCGGAUGCUGCGCUCAUUCAGAGUGCUUCGCCCGCUCAAGCUCGUCUCGCGGAUACCAAGUCUGCAAGUGGUCUUGAAGUCCAUCAUCAAGGCUAUGGCCCCGUUGCUUCAGAUCGGGCUGUUGGUGCUUUUCGCUAUAGUCAUCUUCGCCAUUAUAGGCCUCGAGUUCUACUCUGGGGCACUCCAUAAGACUUGUUAUACUUUAGAAGAUAUUAAUGAAAUAAUGAAUGAUGGCGACAAUCCAACGCCUUGUAACGCGGACAACGUGUCGCUGGCGCCGUACGGGGCGCACGUGUGUGAGUACGAUAAGAGCACGUGCCUCGAAAAGUGGGAGGGGCCGAACAAGGGCAUCACGUCCUUCGACAACAUCGGCUUUGCCAUGCUCACUGUCUUCCAGUGCAUCACCAUGGAGGGCUGGACCGCCAUCCUCUAUUGGACGAAUGACGCGUUAGGUAGUGCGUUCAACUGGGUUUACUUUGUGCCUCUCAUAGUAUUGGGUUCAUUCUUUAUGCUCAACUUAGUUCUCGGUGUCCUUAGCGGUGAAUUUGCUAAAGAAAGAGAGAAAGUAGAAAAUAGACAAGAAUUUCUUAAGUUAAGAAGGCAGCAGCAGCUAGAGAGAGAACUUAACGGUUAUGUUGAGUGGAUAUGUAAAGCCGAGGAAGUAAUAUUAGCAGAAGAAAGAACAACAGAAGAAGAAAAAAUGCACAUAAUAGAAGCUCGGAGAAGAGCAGCAGCUAAGAAAAAGUUAAAAAACUUAGGCAAAAGUAAAAGCACAGACACAGAAGAAGAAGAGCAAGACGAAGACUGUGGGGAUGACGUUCCAAAGAAAAAGCAAGGUUUUCUGAAAAGCAAGUCGAGAUCUGUGGGCAAAUGCGCGGACUUCUGGCGCGCCGAGAAAAGGUUCCGGUUUUGGAUCCGACACACAGUGAAAACCCAGUGGUUUUAUUGGUUCGUCAUCGUCUUGGUGUUCUUCAAUACGAUAUGUGUCGCUGUUGAGCACUAUAAGCAACCUAAGUGGCUAACAUCGUUUUUAUAUUACGCCGAAUUUGUGUUCUUGGGUUUGUUCAUGAUGGAGAUGUGGGUGAAGAUGUACGCGUUGGGACCGCGGAUAUACUUCGAGUCCUCGUUCAACCGGUUCGACUGCGUGGUCAUCUCGGGCUCCAUCUUCGAAGUGGUCUGGUCGGAGGUUAAGGGGGGCUCCUUUGGCCUCUCUGUCCUUAGAGCUUUAAGACUGUUGAGAAUAUUUAAGGUCACAAAAUACUGGUCAUCACUCCGAAACCUAGUGAUAUCUCUCCUGAACUCGAUGAGAUCCAUCAUCUCUCUGCUGUUCCUUCUCUUCCUGUUCAUCCUUAUCUUCGCCCUGCUCGGCAUGCAGCUGUUCGGAGGGCAGUUCAACUUCGAAGACGGCACGCCACCUACCAACUUCAACACUUUCCCCAUUGCGUUGCUUACUGUCUUCCAGAUCCUAACAGGAGAAGAUUGGAACGAAGUGAUGUAUGACGGCAUCAAGUCUCAGGGCGGGAUACAGAGGGGCAUGCUUUACUCUCUGUACUUCGUCAUCCUGGUGUUGUUUGGCAACUAUACCCUGCUAAACGUGUUCCUUGCCAUCGCUGUCGACAACUUGGCUAACGCCCAAGAAUUGACAGCGGCAGAAGAGGAACAAGUCGAGGAGGACAAAGAGAAGCAACAACAAGAAUUGGAGAAAGAGAUGGGUGCGUUACAUGCGGUGGAUGGGACUCCACCUCGAGUAGACUUAAGUCCCUCUUCGCCGGCGAGUAGGAAGAAAAAGAAAGAAGAGGCCAAAAAAGAAGACGAGGAGGAGAUACCAGAUGGACCAAAACCAAUGCUGCCAUAUUCGUCCAUGUUUAUUUUGUCACCUACUAAUCCAAUUAGGCGAGGCGCACACUGGGUUGUAAAUUUAAGAUAUUUUGAUUUUUUUAUUAUGAUAGUUAUAUGCUUGAGUUCUGCGGCUUUAGCAGCUGAAGACCCAGUCUUUGAAGGGAGUGAGCGGAACAAAGUGCUAAACUGGUUCGACUACGCGUUCACGGGCGUGUUCACCGUGGAGAUGCUGUUGAAGAUAGUCGACCUGGGCAUACUGUUCCACCCCGGCGCGUACCUGCGCGAUCUGUGGAACAUUAUGGACGCCACGGUCGUCAUCUGUGCCCUCGUCAGCUUCGGUUUCGAGAUCGGAGGUGUCAAAAAGGGGGCGGGACAAAACUUGUCCACAAUAAAAUCGUUAAGAGUGUUAAGAGUGCUCAGACCAUUGAAAACUAUAAAACGUGUUCCAAAGUUAAAAGCAGUGUUUGACUGUGUUGUGAACUCUUUGAAAAAUGUCAUCAACAUUCUCAUUGUGUACAUAUUGUUUCAAUUCAUAUUCGCUGUAAUUGCAGUUCAACUUUUUAAUGGUAAAUUUUUUCACUGCAACGAUAUCAGUAAGAAUACAUUUGAAGACUGCCAAGGGUCGUAUUUCUUGUACGAUCAGAACAGCCUACUGCCGCGCGUGUGCCCGCGCCAGUGGAUGACGCAGAGCUUCCACUACGACAAUGUCGCGUCCGCGAUGCUAACGCUGUUCGCGGUGCAGACGGGCGAGGGGUGGCCACAAGUGUUACAAAACUCAAUGGCCGCCACGUACGAAGACAGGGGACCCAUACAAAAUUUUCGAAUAGAAAUGUCCAUAUUUUAUAUCGUUUACUUUGUGGUGUUUCCAUUCUUCUUUGUUAACAUAUUCGUAGCUCUGAUUAUUAUCACAUUUCAAGAGCAGGGUGAAGCUGAACUGCAAGACGGUGAAAUUGAUAAGAAUCAGAAAUCAUGUAUAGACUUCACGAUAGAAGCCCGACCUCUCGAGAGGUAUAUGCCAAGCAAAAGAGCGAGUUUUAAGUACAAAGUGUGGAGAAUAGUUGUCUCUACGCCUUUCGAGUACUUCAUCAUGACUCUCAUCGUACUCAACACAUUGUUGCUCAUGAUGAAGUACUAUAAUCAAAAUGACGUCUACGCGGAUGUCCUCAAGUAUUCGAAUAUGGGGUUUACUGGAAUGUUUUCUGUGGAAACGGUGUUGAAAAUCAUCGCUUACGGUGUCAAAAAUUUUUUCAAAGAUCCGUGGAAUACAUUUGAUUUCAUAACGGUCAUUGGAAGUAUAAUUGACGCCCUCAUUAUGGAGUUUGGCGAAAACACGUUCAACGUCGGUUUCCUCCGCCUGUUCCGAGCCGCGCGACUGAUCAAGCUGCUUAGACAGGGGUACACCAUUCGGAUACUGCUCUGGACAUUCGUGCAGAGUUUUAAAGCCUUACCCUACGUGUGCCUUCUCAUCGCGAUGCUAUUCUUCAUCUAUGCCAUCAUCGGGAUGCAGGUGUUUGGCAAUAUAGAGUUAUCAUCCGAGUCAGAUUUGAACAGACACAACAAUUUUCAAAGCUUCAUUCAAGCACUCAUGCUACUGUUCAGAUGCGCGACGGGCGAGUCGUGGCCCAACAUCAUGCUGGCAUGCCUGAAGCCCACCAAGUGCGCCAAGACCCCGGACCCGCAGGGCUCCAAGUCCAACGAGGUCUGCGGGAGCACGCUCGCCUACGCCUACUUCGUUUCCUUCAUCUUCUUCUGUUCUUUUCUUAUGUUGAACUUGUUUGUUGCCGUCAUUAUGGAUAACUUCGACUAUCUAACAAGAGACUCGUCCAUUCUCGGCGCGCAUCAUCUUGAUGAAUUUGUUAGAAUAUGGGCAGAAUAUGACCCAAACGCCACGGGGAAGAUUCAUUAUACAGAAAUGUACGAUAUGUUGAAAAAUAUGGAUCCACCUCUGGGGUUUGGUAAUAAGUGUCCAAAUAGACUAGCGUAUAAGAAAUUAAUUAGAAUGAAUAUGCCGCUAGAUGAAGAGGGGAAAGUUAAUUUUACAACAACACUAUUUGCCUUAAUUCGGGAAAACCUGAACAUCAAGAUGAGAUCAGCCGAAGAAAUGGACCAAGCAGAUGCAGAACUAAGAGAAACGAUAACACAAAUAUGGCCACUCCAAGCAAAGAAGAUGUUAGACUUGUUGGUGCCUCGAAACGACGUACUCAAUGCAGGGAAAUUGACCGUAGGAAAGAUCUACGCGGGAUUGCUCAUUUUAGAGAGCUGGAGAUCUACUAGGUUUGGCCAAACCGCACCACAGGGCGUUCCGAAGGCGUCGUUGUUUAACUGCCUAAUGGACGUGGCGGCGGGACUGGGGCCCGGGUCGCGCGCCGGCUCCCUCAGCCAUGAGGGUCCUCCCAUCGGCGCUACUGAAGGACACCCAGAAGACCCACACACGCUAGCGAACCUCGCCCGCAGAAACACCAGAAAAUCACUCAAGAACAACAAAAAGGUAUUGGAGCUGCAAGGAUCGCAACAUGCGUCCAUGGAGUCCUUGGACGAUGGGCGGUUACAAGCAGCUCAUACAUACCAAAAUGGUCACCAUGGAAGAUCUUCUAGUUUAAGACGAACGCCAAGUCCGAGACGACGAGGGCACUACGGAGGUUACCAUCACGAUAUCGGUUUCUCCGACACCGUCAGCAACGUCGUCGAGAUAGUUAAGCAUGAACAUCAAAGGCACGGGCGAACGCACCGUGCGCCACACCACUAUCACCCACAUGGGAAGGAGUGGAGGGCGCCGCACCCCACAACCAGCCUGAGCCAGCCCUCGCGAUCGCCCAGCCCGCCACACCACACCUACGUUUGGGCACCGAUAGGUGGCGACCGGGAACGGGAGCGGGAACGGGAAUGGCGGGAAUGGCGCGACCGCUCGUACGAGCGCGAGGGCACGCGCCGCGGCCGCGGCCGGCAGCUGCCUCCCACGCCCACUAAACCGUCCACGCUACAGGUCAAGCCGCAGCCGCCGUUCACAAGAAUCAGCCACAGCCCAUCACACUUAUCAUUGAGGCAUACGGUGAGAGAACCCGUAGAGCCUGUACAUGAUGAGUAUGAGUAUGGCCGAGAAGUUGAAAGACUGAUACACCGAGAUUAUAGAUCUAGAGAGAGACGCGGACGAGGCUACGACCUGGAGCGCGGGGGCGGGGGCGGGGGCGGGGCCCGCGCGUACGAGGCGCCGCUGAGUUACGAGGCGGCGCUGGCGCUGGGCCGCGGCGGCGGCUCGCGCGCGCUCCCUUCGCCCGCCGGCGGCGCGCCGCGGCUGCCCAACGGGUACAAGCCGCGCGCGCGCCACUCCGACUCCGACGAGGACGACUGGUGCUAG